GCCGCGAUCCCCUGUUUCCCUUGUUCCGCCACAGAUGGCGACGUCGUUUCUCGGAUGGAUGGAUGCGCCCGAGCUCUGCGGGCUCUCGGACGCGGUCGGCUAUAUCGAGCCGGACCCGGACAUCGCGGGCAUCGGCGUGCUGGCGUCGUUCCUCGUCACGGGCACGCUGGUCAUGGUGCUCGCCACCGUCCAACUGCACCGCAACUGGCUCGACGGCGACUUUGCCUUUGCGCGCAUGCUGGUGCCCUGCCCUGAUCCGCUUAUCCCUCCGCCACCAGCUGCUGCGACACCAGCUGCUGCCGCAGAACCACAGCGGAAGUGGCCCACGCUCGAGGACGCCAGGAAAUACCUCGACGGCAGGGACGGCGAACCAACACCGCGGCCGCCGCAGGGCGGUGCAGAUGAAGAUGGCGACCCAGCCCCGUGGGGACCCAAAGGCAGCCACGCCGCUGCAGCCCCCCAGCUUCCGCCGCCAUCCGCGCUCCAGGCGACGCUCUUCUCGCUCGCCGACACGCAGUUCGCGACGGGCAUCGCCGUGUGCGUGGCAGCGAUAGUCAAGAAGGACAUCACGCAGGCGCACUACCUCGUGGCGGACGAGAUGGCGUGGCUGGCGUGGCUGACGUCGACGGCCGGCAUGCUGACGGCGCGUACCGCGCUGCUGGACGCCGGCAACGGGCCCGUCAAGCGCGCCGUGCGCCUGGCCGUCAUGUGGGCGCUCGUGGCGCUCGUCUCGUUCAUCGAGGUCCGCCGCGACGACCGUCUAUAUUUUGCCGAGCAGGUUUACGCCGGCCCGGGCCCGUUCUGGGACUUGACCGAGGCCGACUCGCGCGCGUCCGUCGUGCUAUUUGCGCUGUCGCUCGUCGGCGCCGUCAUCGACACCGCGUCGCUGUUCCCCCACUGUGCGGUUCUGAUGUAUUACUACGUUGAGCUGUUUGUCGGCUGGGCGGCGCCGCCCAUCGGGAGGACGUGCGAGGGCACCGCGGAAGCGCUGCGCAAGCGGGCUUGGGUUGCUGCGGUUGGCGGCGUGGCGUCGCUGCUUCUCCAGCUGCUCGUGUGGACGCCCGUCUGGCUGUUCGUAUCCAUGCUGUACCUGUACCUGUUCUUCCCUGCCACGGCCCACUUGGCCAACAUGUUCUGGUUCGUCUACCAGACGUGGUACGCGUUCCACUGGCGCGACAUUGGCAGGAGCUGCCAGGCCCCCGAGGACGCUGGGAAAGAGGACGAGUUUGGCUUCGGCCAGGUUGUCGCCCUCACCCUCUUGAUCUCGCCCCUGAUCGCAAACGCCGACCUCUGGUGGGACGCGUGUAAGGGCUACAUGAGACGUCGCGCGGCGCAUGCUGGCUCGACCCCGACUUGGGAAGUCGAUAGCCGUGACUCUGUCUCGACUGAGAAGGAGUAGCGUGAAGAAACUGUGUCUGGCGGCCAGUUGAUUUGAGGGACCUGGUAGGUUGGAUCUUAGAAUCGGGGACUAUGCUUCGGUAAUAAAGUACAAAUAAGCAGGCUUCUCUCAUUUUCCCGAAGCCUAUAGCUCUGGGCGGUGAUCUAGAAGCUUGGUAGGGCCGUAAAAGUUAUUGGACAUGUGUAUACGACCCGGCCCCAGAGCUGUAUCUCAUCAAAGAAACCUAGUUGACACGUCCUCGACGUUAUUUCUCGACAGUAAGAUGAGGACUCCAACUCAAAUGCGUAGAUCUAGCUGACGGCAUGUUGACGACUGACGGCGUAACCCGGCUCCAAUGC